AUGGCCACAAUUGAGCCAAAACAAGUAACCUAUUGCGGUGUUUGCUCUUUCCCACCAGAGUACUGUGAGUUUGGAGUUUCCUUCAAACGGUGCAAAGAAUGGCUUGCGCAGAAUGAACGAGCCCUUUUCGAUAAACUUUACAGCGACGAGGCUUUAGCAAACGCUACGUCGACAUUGUCACUUGAAAAAGAGGAGAAAAUCCAUAAAGAUUUGGAAAAAAAACAGGCUAGAGAAGAAGCUAAAUUGGAGAGAGAAUUCCAAAAAAAGCUUGCUUCGAAAGUGGUGAUUAAACGUAUCGAAAGAAAUCGGAGAAAGCACAUCAUUUCCAUUAGUGGAUUGGAAGUUUUCAACAUUGACAUGAAGAAGUUGGCUAAAACAUUUGCUCUGAAGUUUGCCACAGGCGCUUCUGUGACCAAGAAUGCCGAAAAGAAGGACGAAAUUUUGGUUCAAGGCGAUGUCAGCGACGAAGCUAAAGCUUAUAUUGAGAAAUUAUUGGAAGAGCAAGGUUUGAAUGAGGUGAAAGUAGAGCAGAUCGACGAUAAGAAGAAGAAAAAAGCUGAGUCGGCUUAG